AUGGCUGCGAACGAAUCUCAAUCUCAGGUGGGAGCUUUAGGCAACCUCCUGGAUUUCGACGACACGGUGAAAGCACAUGAAGGUCUUGUCCAUGCGGACUAUCCCCGCAGCCCAGAAUGGAUAAUGUCCAAAUAUUAUACCAAGUUCGAGCUCACUGGGGAAUUACGAUAUCUCAAUCUCGCAAUCAGUCUUGGCGAAGAAUACGCUAUUACUAUGACAUCACCUGAAGCAGGUCCCUUUUAUUAUCUCGCCGAUUGGAUGGUCGACAGAUAUUAUCUCGAAAAGAAUUUCCUAGACCUAAAAAGCGCUUCUAAUUACAUUCAAAAGGCAUUCCAAGCCACCACCCAGGACCAACGAAUCUGGAUUCCAUGCCUUGUCACGAAUUCACGUAUUCUAACGGCCGUUUAUGAGCAUACUCUGGAUGUGGCUGAUCUGGAAAAGGCAAUCAAGAUUUCUAGAAAGGCGGCCGAUUCAACGAAAUCAGGGGACAUAAAUCGGCUUCCUGCUCUGACUUAUUUAGCCUCAUUGCUCCCGGACUGGUAUUCGAAAACUCGCUCAAUAUCAGAUCUGGAUGAAUCGAUCAAAGUUGGUGAGGAAAUUCUUUCACUCAUGCCUGGCGAUGAUCGACGGAGACUUAAAUAUGUCAACUAUUUGUCUGUGUGCAUCAGAAACAAAGCACUUACAACGGGUCUAGCCCAAGAGCUUGAUAAGUCUAUAUCCCUCUUACGAGAAGCCUUGGCCGUGGCAAUAGGAAGCACGUCAAUCAAAAGAACGAUUUUGCAAAACCUUGCACUGUUUCUCUACGACAGAUACAAUAUGAGAAGAUUGUCCAGUGACCUCAAUGAAUCUAUUCAGAUUUGCACGGAUGAGGUGGAAGCACUGGCGCCCGAUGACCCAAUGCUCGUUGAUUUUUUAAAGAACCUCAGGCUUAGCCUACGCAGGAAGUAUUUUGAAGACAUGAAUAUUGAAAAUACAAGGGAUCUUGUCAUCGCUACUCGAAGGAGCAUCAAAAUCAUACCAAAGGGGAGCCCAGACUACACAGACCUUCUAAUUGAACUUGGCUCAGCGAUGUACAGGCUACAAAGCCUUACGUGUCAGAGCUCAGACCUAGAGGAGGCAAUUAAUGUGCUUAAAAAGACCCAAAAGUUAGAACAUCACCAUACACCUAACAACCCACUUCGUCUCGAGAUGCUUUGUGAUCUCCUCCGCGAGAGGUUUUCGCAGCGAGGACAAAUGUCUGACAUUCUUGAAGCUGUACAGGCUGGCCAAAGAUCUAUUGAAAACACAAGCAAAGAUGAUCCUAAACUACCCGAAAGGCUUUUUCUCUUGGGGUCUGCAUAUCAAGCCCUAUAUAAGCGGUAUAGGAACAACAAGCACUUUGAGACCUCAGUACUAUUGGCUCGUGAAGCUAUAGACGCAACUACCAAGCAAGACAGCCAAAGGUUGCGAUUUCAGAGCAGUCUUGCUGAAUGGCUGGGGCAGAAACAUUCUGUCGGCGGGUCGCUUCAUGCUUUUAACGAGGCGAUAGAGCUCGGUUCAGAAUCUGGGGGGGCAGUUUUUAUUGGGCAUUCAGACAGAUCAUUGCGUACGAAAGCGCUAACAGAUCCUUUGUCUCAUCGAUUCCUGUUGGAAGGACAGCAUAAAGAUCUGGACCACGCUAUCAGUCUCGCCCAAGAGGAAGCUAGUUCCACAGAGGUGGGCCCUUCGGAUCGCUCAUCACGGCUACUUCAAUUAGGAUUUUUGCUGUAUGUGAGAUACCGGACAGUUGGCGAUGGGGGCUCAUUAGAGUCUGCCAUUCAAUUCUCGCGGGAGGCAAGAAAGGAAGCGCCAGAUCUUUCCGAUAUCCGAGUUGAAGCCUCUGCUCGACUAUCAACUCUCCUUACGGCUCGGUAUGAAAAUAUGGGAGAAUCAAGCGACUUGCGUGAAGCCUCAGAUCUGAUAUCAGAAAGCAUCAAUGAAACUCCUCAAGGCCACUUGUUUAUGCCUAAAUGGCUCAUGAUCAAAGCAAAUAUAGCUUUUCUUCAAUUUUCAAAUACCUGGAAACUCGAGGAUGUGGAAGAAGCGAUUCAUCUUGGACAACGAGCCGUCUCCGCCAAUUCACACGAUGGAUCGAUGAUGGCCAGGCUCAGCCUUUUUUUCAUCAACAAAAGUGUCAUCACACAGGACAUUUCCGAUAUCGAGAUCGCAGUCCGGCUCCAACGGGACGCUCUCAAACAACUUUCAGUUCAUGACAAAGAAUUCCCGAGUUUCGCCACAAACCUGGCAGAAUGUCUUUCGCGGCGAUCAUGCCAUACAUCGAACGCCAAAGAUUUGAAUGAGUCCAUCCGACUCUCUCGGGAAGCGCUAGGUGCUAUAAAUCCAAGUGAUCCGCAGAGGGGAGGCUAUCUUGUCAAUCUUGGCUCAAGACUUUAUUCUCGCUAUCUUAAGCUUAGGGAAAUUGCGGACCUAGCGGAAGCCAUUAGUCUUGGCGAGGCGGCCCUUGAAGAAAAUCUCGACGCUUCUGAUCGCGCUCAAUGUCUAAAUUUUCUUUCGGAGUGGAUUGGCCAUCUAUGUCAAAGAACGAAUGACAUCUCUCAUCUCAGAAAAGCGAUUGAUUUGGCCCAAACAGCCGUCAACAUGACUCGAGAAGGACAAUAUGAUAUGGGCUCAAGGAUAAAUACGCUCACAAAAAGACUCUACGAACUGUAUUGGAUCACCAACUUGGAAUCUGAUCUCCAUGAAGCUGUGGAAAUGGCUCGAAAGGGAAUGCAGCAGGCUAAAGACUACUCUCGAACGGCUUCUUUAAACUUGAUGGGUACCAUCCUGAUAUCUAGGUACGACAGGACGAAGAAUGUGGUAGAUCUUGACAGCGCUAUUGAUCACCUCCGCAAAGCUAUCGAUGUAGCAUGGAAGGACCAAACUCCAGGAUACUUAAUGAACCUAGCGGCGGCAUACCUGAAGAAGUACAGGGAUGGUCGCCAAAAAGAGGCUCUUGAUGAGUGUGCAGGGUGCCUGAAGGCCGUAAUUGGGCAUACAGAUACAUCACUGAUGCUCAAGUUACAUGCACAAAGAGAACUUUUAAGAGUUUUUGCCGACGAUCUACGGUGGAAAGAGGCCUUGAAGGUCGCAGAAUCUGCGAUUUAUAUCAUCCGACCAUUACUAUUCGGCACAUUUGAGAGCGUUGAUAGGCAGGACUUGCUUCGUCGUGUCUCAGGUUUGGGCUGCGAAGCUGCAUCAGUGGCAUUAGCAUCUCCUAAGAGCGAGGCGACAGCCUUGCAUUUCCUCGAGCAAUGCCGCGGUGUGCUCACAACAUCAGUUCAUGAUAUGCGGAGCAGCAUACCGGAGCUCAAGAGACAACAUCCUAAGUUGGCUCAAAAAUUGGUCGAGGCAAAGCAGUUAUUUCACAAGGUAGGCAUCGGCAAGCAAGAAGACCAAGUUCAGCAUUUGCCUGAGCAGAGACCGGACAAGAUUUUCGAUGAGAUUCUAUCUGAUAUCAGAAAUCAGCCUAACUUCGACAAUUUCUUACUCCCGCCUACCGAAUCCAUGAUGAAAGCUGCCGCCCGUCGUGGUCCUAUCGUUGUUGUGAAUGCCAGCGUGAUCCGCUGUGACGCAAUAAUCAUAGAACCUUGCCAGAUACGAUCCAUUCCUUUACCAGAACUCGAGAUGGAUGUAAUUAAGAGCAAGGCACAAAUGGACCUCGGGAGCACGCCAGUCUUAGAGUGGCUAUGGGACACGAUUGCUCACCCCGUGUUUGACGCCCUUGGUAUGAGUGAACGCUCUAACACCGACGGCAACUGGCCGCAUAUUUGGUGGGUUCCGAUGGGACCCCUGAGUAGAUUUCCGCUACAUGCUGCAGGAUAUCACUUAAGAUACCCACCAGAAACCGUAAUCGAUCGAGUGAUAUCUUCAUAUAGUUCGUCACUCCGAAUGUUGAUUAUGGAAUCCGACUCUCCGCCAACCGCCGCGCCGGUUACGAAGGCAGCUCUUCUCGUAACUAUGGAGAAUACCCCUGGAUACAGUAGACUUCCCUUUGCGCUUCAAGAAACUCAGGAAGUCCAAAAAAUAUUGAUGGCAAUGAACAUCACCAUGCUUGAGCCAAAACCCUUCCGAGAAGACGUUCUUGCCGGCUUGAUGGCUUGCAACAUUUUCCAUUUCGCCGGCCACGGUAGGGUUAAUUUGAACGAUCCGUCGAAAAGCCAGCUGUUAUUAAAAGACCACGAAACCAAUCCACUAACAGUAUCAAACAUAAAUGAAUUAAAUUUGGCCAAAACCCGCCCUUUUUUGGCCUACUUGUCGGCUUGCGGAACAGCAAAAAUCCGACAUGAGCAGCUCGUAGACGAAAGCAUCCAUCUGAUAACGGCUUUCAAAACCGCCGGAUUUCGUCAUGCAGUAGGAAGUCUUUGGGAAAUAAGCGACGAUACUUCAGCCCAUAUGGCAAAAGGACUAUAUGAAGAAUUAAGCGAGGGGAUGAUGUCGGAUGCAGCGGUGGCCAGUGCUCUUCACAACACGACUAGAAAACUACGGGAUAUAUGGGCACGUUCAUUGACGGAGAGCACCUACUCUCGAACAACACAUAUCAUAGACCAUGAGGAGUUCCUUCGGGACGUGGAAUUAGAUGAAGAUAACUUUGGUGGGCUUUCAUGGGUUCCAUAUGUUCACUUUGGGCCUUAG